UUACCUUUUAUCUUUGCAGUUCUCCUCUGCUCUAAAUUUGGUAUUUCCGGAAAUCGCCGUACAUUCACGGAAGUUACCGAUGAUUCAGAAAUCAAAUAAUCUGAUUGGUUAUUACGUUUUUGUGUUCAAAUCAACAACCGGGAAGGCGAAGUUUGCUCUACUAAUCGAAAUUUCUAUGCAAUACUGACAAUAAAACAAGCGUAAUGAAACGGAAAAUGGAUUCCAAGUUGAGCCUGAUGGCAGCCUUUGACGAGCUGAUGAGAAAUGCAAAGGUUCUAACAGCUGGAAUAGAGCCAGAAUUUAAAAUGUUUGUGGAGAACCAGCAGUCUUGUAGAAGACAAUGGGCCACUUCAGAGGAUGAACUACAUCGUGUUAGGGGGAAAAUGAUCACACUGGAAUCGGACAACAAGGCACUUGAUGCUAAACUAAAACAUGCCAGAAAUCUGAUAGAGAAGGAAGAGCAGAAAAGACUGAAAGUUGAACAUGAUAAAGAACAACUGGAGCGCCAGAUUGCAUUGAUCCGUGAGUUACUGUUGGUUUGA